AAAGAAAACAUUUAAUAUUAUUUAAAAAUGGGUAAAAUAACCAAGCGAGGGACAUGUGUAUAUAUAUAUAUAUGAUAUUUUAUAAGGUUUUUUUUAUUUUGGCUUUCAUUCACUUUUUCACCAUGAUUUCUCUCAAAUCCUCCCCCUGUAUUUAGUAACACAUUAGCCUAAAUUGGCAUAUUAUCUCUCUUUUCUACGUUUGUCUUUGUUCCUCAGGCAUGGUGGAUAUGGAAUACCUAUGUAUAGUACCUUCCCGUCCUCCCUUAAGUCUGGUGGAGUUCUGUCAUUCUUACCUGGUAUUUUUUUAGAACCUCAUUCCUAAUGUUUGCAUCUCUUUGUCCAGAGAAUGAAUGUGUAGUUGGUUUAUUGUAGAGUCUGUUUGUGUUUCUGGGAACUCUCAGACUUCAAUCUCAUCUCUUCUGGUUCAGGGGUCAUAUUUUUGAGAUUUCAUGUCUCGACUAACAUUCCUUUUGGGGGAAAACAAAUCCUUGUUGUACGUUAUUCUCCUCAGUUACCUCUUAUAAAAGUAUUACUGCCAAUAUUCUAUUAAGGAGUAUUUAAUAACUCGGGGUCAGUAUUUGUCCAUUGUUGUUCUGAAGAGCCUACAGUUUCAUAUGAUCAAAAAACUAAAAAUUGACACAGCUGUGGCAGCCACUCAGCUACUCAGCUGUUUCUAUGAUUUUCAUUGCCACUCUAUUUUUGGGAUGUUAUUUAGUUUUUUAAGGCAGCACUCAAGGCUAAACUGAAGGUCUGUCCAGUCCAGUCCUGCAACACCCCUAAGUAGAUCGUCUUAAUGUCCACCAGUGUAUCCUCAGCCACCAUCAGUGUGUCUGCUCUUUCAUCUUUCUAACCACCAACAUCAGUCUUCUCCACUGUCCACCUGUCUGUCCAUCAUCUGUGAAGUUUUUCACGGUGUUUCCACAUUGUUUUGUAGCUCUCUCCCUUUGUUUGAGAUUUGGUCUUGUGGCCUGGUUUUUAUGGUCAGAUAUUUCAGCCUGAAGGCGUCUCUAAGACGUCUGCCAAGAAUUGGCAGGCCUACCGUUUGACUUGGUGAUGUCAUCUGGCAGCAGUGUUGAACUCUGUCCUGAGGUUUACACCCUGAUCGUUCAUGGAUGAGUCAUGUCUUAUGGUGGAACUUUGAUCAUGAUUGCCUUAACUGAAGAUACCGGUUUUGGUGAAACCAGAAAAAAGAUCAUCUUGAUUAAAAAGGACUUGCAUCAAGACAAUAACGUUUAGGUAGCUUAGCUUAAACUGCACCCAUCUUAAUAUCUUUGUGUGUGUCCGUGUGUGUGUGUGUUUUCGGGUGCCUCACCAACCUUUGAGCGAUCAUGCUGCGUGCUAGUGUAGUUGGCCUGAAUUUCUUGUUUUUCCAAAACCACAAGUGAAUCUGGAAUGGUGUAAUGGGUGACUUUAGCGCCACUAUUGGAUGUUUUCUGACAUUGGCAUCAGAGGGUAUUAGUGGAAGUCAGGUAGUUGUAGAGUAACCUUGAUUUGGUUUAGGCACAACCAUUGGGUGUCUGUAGCACUGUCAUCAGGUGGUUUGAUCAAAUUCCACCGCUCCCAUGAGAGUCACCUUAAGUUAGUUAUUAUGGCAUCUAUUGAACCUUUGGAACUAAAGUUCUUGUUCUUUGAGUUGAUUAAAAUAUUUAAUCUUUCUUUAAUAAAUGAAUGAAACUGACAACGUUACAAUCAGACGCUCUGUCCUUUGACCUCUUAUGCACCUGUCUGGUUAAACAUGGACCUGUGCCAUGAUCACCAGAGUGUCCAAAGCUCAAACCACACAUACACACACACUCCGACUAAACUAUCUUAUAAUAAAUCUGCGUGUCGGGAAAAGUAGAGCCACUGCUGAGCCUCACAGACUCCAGGAGGUGGAUUCCAGCAAAACCUCAGAGAGACCUAAUUCCCCUAUCUUGCUGCCAGCUGUCUACAGUCCUCCUUUGGGCAUGGAUACUCACACUGUCUGCAUCCCAUCUCCGUACACUGACAGUGGUCAUGAGUACAACCUUGGACACGGACCUCUGACAUUCUAUGGUCCACCGGUACUGAGCUACAGUCGGCCACCUGUCACUGACAGCCAGGGAGCGGUGUGUGGCCCCCUCAGUCCUACGGCUUUUUGGCCCCCACAUGGACCCGCCAACAUAUCUUCUCUGACACUACGCUGCCCUCAGCCACUCGUCUAUAAUGAGCCCAGUCCACACGGGUGCUCGUGGAUGGAGCCUAAAGCCCACAGCAUCAACCCCAGCAGUUCCAUCCUCAGCUGUAACAAGCUGGUGGGGAAAAGAUUAGGAGAAGGUGGAGAAGGUGUGAACUCUUCCUCAUCGUCCAUGUUGGUUAAAACUGACAUGCACUUCUGUGCUGUGUGUCACGACUAUGCCUCUGGUUACCACUAUGGCGUGUGGUCCUGCGAAGGCUGCAAGGCCUUCUUCAAGAGGAGUAUCCAAGGUAGGCAGACUGUUUUUUAUAGGAAACACGCAAACACCCCACCCUUGAAAUGUCCAAGUGGCAGAAAAGUAAAUGAGUCUGGUAUAGAAAAUGUCAUUUACCAAAAAUGUUUAAGACAAAACUGUAUCCACACAGUAGCCAAAAGAUAUCUAUGUGAACUAAAAUAUAGCCAAAUAGCUACGACAUGUCUUCUUUAUUUAACCAGGCAAGUCGUAUUAACAUGGUGGCAAAAGGUGAAACAAGGAGAAACAAACAAAAAAGGAUACUAAAGAAAAAAACAAAAACAAAUAGGAAAAAGGAACAUAAAUAUGUAGAAAACACCUUAGCUAAACACCUUAGCUAAACAUGGACAACAUAUGACACCAAAUAAAUACGAAUGACAAACAUACAUGGUGGUAUAUACCAUGCUAGCAACAAAAAAAUUGAAUAAAGGCAAAUUACUAUAUUUUUUAUUAGUUUUUAUGAUUUUUUUAUAAAUUAUUAUAGUAUGUCACUUUGGAUCAUUGGUUGGUGUUGAAGUAUAUUUUUUAAACCUUAUUAGUAAAAAAAAAGUACUUGGCUACACUUUGGCAAAUUUGUACAUUUUACACAUUUUUGGAAUAAUUUUCAAAGACUUUUCAGAAUUUUUUGGCAUAGUGUUUUGAUUAGUGGUUGUUUUUUCAGAAAAAAUAAAAAUAAAUUUCAUGGUUAAAUUUUUUUUUUUUUUUUUUUUUCUGAAAACUUGUUCAGGAAUUGUUAUCCUGUAUUAUUUACUGUGAUAAAAGCUUGAUGUACCAAAGGCUUUUCUUUGGAAAUUAAACAGUAAAAAUUGAUUAAGCUUAUUUUGAGGCAAAUGAGUGUAUUUUUUGUCCAUUCUGUCGUGUUCAUCCCAACCCCUUCCUUUGGUGUACACCAUCUUUUCAUCACAAUAAAAUACUAUACCAAUAAGUUCCCGAACAAAUCUCCGGAAAAAAAAAGUUUCUCAAAAAUGACUAAAAAUACACUAAUUUGUCUUAAAAGACUUAGCUAUGUGCAUUUUUGUGGUUAAAAUUCAGAAAAAAAUAUACUUUUUUGGUAUUCCAACUUUUGAUCACAGUAAAACACUUUACCAAUGAGUUCCUGACCAAAUCUCCGAUAAUAAAAGU